CAAAGUUCUGGAGCGAGCAGGGCAAGUCGGACCAGUUACGGGCAAGGAUUGGUGGCGCCCCGACUAGGAGAUCGUUUCCUGGGUCUCACCUGUCGGCCGUUUGGUUCGCUCGUCUUUUUGUUUUCUUCUCGACUAUGCAGCCUUACAUGGUAAACAUAAAACUUUCGGCUCGGACCCUCACCGGGGCACUUAACCCUCAGAAUAGAGGGGCGGCAGACUGGGGCUGGCAAGGACUGAUUGCAUAUGGAUGCCAUUCUCUCAUUCUGGUGAUUGACUCCAAAACAGCUCAGACCUUACAGGUUUUGGAAAAGCACAAGGCUACUGUAGUCAAGGUUAAAUGGGCUAAGGAAAACUACCAUCACAACAUUGGAUCACCUUAUUCUUUGCGUUUGGCUACUGCUGAUGCUGCUGGAAAGAUAAUUGUUUGGGAUGUAGCUACAGGAACUGCUCGCUGUGAAAUCCAAGAGCAUACAAAACCAAUUCAAG